AUAAUUCCGUGAAAUGGAAUGUGUUAUUCUAUGGCUGCUAGAUUUCUUGUUUAUUUGACAUUCUUUAUUUUCCGUUGAUCAAAGACGGCACAUACCGAAAUUAAUCGCGUAAAUCGCUUGAACAGUGUUUUAAUUUGACUGUGAUCGUACGCUAUCAAUCUGGAAGUCCUUCAAGUAACCCGUGGGGACGGCGAGAUGACGUCCGUAGCUAGGAGGCGAGAACAGGACGACUCUGGCGAGUACUCCGAUGCAUCUCAAGACAUUGAGCAGAAUAACUUAGGAAAUGAUGGUGGUCAGCAUGAGUCCGAUUAUGAUUCCCAGGGUAGUGAAUCUGAGCAUUCGGAUGGGGAUCCUGAGAAACAGGAGACCGAACGUCGUGUGGAUGACGAUGAAGACCGCAGUAAUCCACAGUACAUUCCCAAGAGGGGUACUUUCUAUGAACAUGACGAUAGAACAGCGGCAAGCGGCGAAGAGUCAACCAACACUACAGCAGAGGUAGCGUCAGAGAAGAAAGAAGGUAGUGAAACUCCAGCUGAGAGACGCCGUCCUCCACGCAAGUCUGAAACCCUUAAUAAGUGGUCACACGACAAGUAUAAUGAGAACGAACAGAUGCCAAAGUCUCGUGACGAGUUAGUCGCGAUAUACGGAUACGAUAUAAGAAACGAAGACGCGCCACCACACGCGAGACGAAAUCGAAGAUAUGGGUUCCGAAAUUGGCGCCGGGGACCCAAUAAAUACACUCGUACUUGGGAAGAUGAAGAGGCCUACAAGCGUCAGACGAUACAAGCGACGCCGAGGAAGCCUCCGAGCCCGGCCGACUUCCCAGAGCUGACCGCUGCCAACAAACCUGGCAGACGACCCCGAGCUAGACCCCGGUCUAAAUCACAGCCAGCUUCAAACGAAUCCUCCGAGAAUGGUUCACAGUUGAGAAGAAAUGCCUCUAUUAAAACGCCCAAACAGAAACCCGUAAAACCGAACACACCAAAGAUGGGUCCAAGGCAAUCUAUGAAGGACAAAAUACCUUUCGAGAAUCUCACUAUCACCACAUCGGCUAAUAAUAAUAAGUGAUAAUGUAAUGUUUCCAGCCAAGGUCACCAGCGCAAGGUGAACGCGUCGGUGGCGCAGCAGAGGCCCGUGCCCACCGAGCAGACCAAGAAGAAACCCUUCCCCGCACUGCCCAUACAGCCGCAGAGUGCAGCGCCACCGAAACAAACACCAAAUCAAAAGCUGACGCAACAAACACAGCAACAGACACAGCAGGCGAAUGUUGGUGAGUUUUACAUAUUUUUGUAUUAUUUUAACAUGGCAAAAUAUAAAAAAGUGUUACGCAAAAAAAGCUACGAUGGAACAGACAUUUGUCUUCAACUUAAAAUAACCCUGUUUUUGCGUCGUAGUAUUAAUAUUAUGUCAUUAGAAUCACGCGGCGGCAGUAAGCGUUACAGCAGCCUCCGACAGCGCCCUCUCGCGGAACCCUACUCUCCACAACAACAACAAAAGCCACAACAACCACAACAACAGCCACAACAACCACAACAACAACCACAACAGCAACAGCCUCAACAACAACAACACAACAGCCACAACAACCUCCACAACAGCCAUCUCAGCCACAGCCUCAACAGCCACCACAUAGAUAUCAUGGUGGUAAAGUUCCCGGGCGGCGCGCACCAAGGCAGCCCCGGCCCGCAACUCCACCCGCCUCCCAUCAUGCAUCCGAUAAUAAAAAAGAAAAAAAAUACGGUCGAUUUGAGAACCUCAUCCUUUUAUGAAAUUAAUAAUAAUGUAACAUGUAACAUUAUCAUUACAUUCGUAUACCUGUUUAUAGCAUGUGUUUUCUCCUUACAGCAAGUCCAUAGGAACGCGUCGACCCAGCACGGCCCUUCGCCACCGCAUCAACAGCUGCCGCAGCCGCAACACUCGCAACAGAUGGUGUCUCACCCGCACCACUCGAUGCACAACAUGCCUCAACCGCACUCCAUCGGUCAGUUACAGCCGUCACAAGGAUACGCUCCCCCGGCCAUGAUGCCUGCGCAAUAUAUGCAACAAAAUACAACCGGUGGUGUAUUCGGAACGGCUCCAAUGUACCAGCCACCCGCUGCAUACCCACAUCAAAUGUACCAGCAUCACAAUUAUGCUACCCAAGCAGGCGGUGUCACAUAUUACAGCUGUGCGGAACAAGAACAACCACUUCGAGCUCAAAGGAGACCGACCGCUGCCAUACCUAUAGUACGACCUGACAGGCCAGCGAAUUCAUCUGAAAAGGACAACAUAGACAGAAUCGUCGAGAAUAUGUUCGUAAGGAAACCUUGGCCGGCACACAGCGCCGAUCCAUCAAAAGAUAAACCACAAGAGACGAGAAAUUCUCAAGAACUUCAAAGCAAGGAACCUUCCCAACCGAACAGUUUGACAUCGAGUUCGAUAUCAAGCGACUCGAAAUCGGAGAAACCUGAGAAAUCUGAGCGAAUGGAGAAGGUAGAGAGAGUGGAGAAGCAGGAGAGUGAGGAGAGAAAAGAGGAGAGUGCGGAUGCCUGACGUGUGUUGUAUGAAUAUCAGAACUAUUUUAGCAGGAGAUAAUUCUCUCAUCGUGCAAGCGAAUGGAAACUUUAAGGGACGAUCAAGCUCUUACUAGCGACUGUAUUCACAUUAAAAUUGUAAUUCUUGUUUCGAUUCGUAUUUCUAUUUUUCUUGUGUUUUCUGGAAAGAUUUUUUUAUGUUAGUAAAUUUUGAAAUCAAUACUUACGAUUGUUAUUAUUAUGACCAUAAUAACAUUACAAAAUAAUAAAAGAUUUUUGAAAUUA